CUCAUUGUUGCCCUAAUGUGUAGUAGUAUUUUCCCCCUUUUCGCCACUAGGAAGCUGUCUCUGUUUUCUAGAACUACACUAUACAUAGAUGCAGGAGCCUCUUUCUGAACACACUUCAGCUCGUCUGGUAUUUUUUUCCACAAUGCCCUGGUGUGAGCUAGUAGCUUUUAUCAGUCAACACAGGGCCAUGAAAAUACGAACCAGUGUGGACUCGGUCUCGGGCGCACCAAGACAACUGGUAGAGAGAAUGGUCUGAUGUCGAGUCAGUCAAUGGACGGACAGUGUUUGCCGAAUACUACGAUUUGCAAUAUCUGAUCAAAACUCAGAACGUGGACUGUUUUCUCAUCCUCUGUUACCAACUGACCUGAGUGGUUGCAACCUGGUCAAAAGCAGAGGUCUCUAUGGAUGGCCAUUAGUACUAUCUACAUCGGCCUGAUAUCAGUGACGGUGCUGUUCUGAGCUCAAGAUGCAGCUGUAAGAGUUGAUUGCCCGUCAGAUCAUAAAAACUGGUGACACACAAGCGCAGUCUCUCCAAGCCUCUGCUGGGCACUUGUCACUGCUGCCACAGCCCACUGUGUUGGAUGCUGCUGAAUAACAAGCAGAGGAAGAGAAAAAGAAGAAGAGUUAAACUCCCCCUCCUUAGGACCGCCAUGUUUGUGUUAUGAUGAGAAACUGAUUUAAGGAGAAGCUUGUCAAAUCUGAGGGCAGUUUAGCGAGAUCAAAACAAGAAAGUGACAGAAGAGUGUUUGAGGUAAGUGCCAAGGUGCCAGGCUAACUAGGUUGGCAGUGCCAGUUCAGGCGAAAGAAUGACCAGCCUAUUCAAGCGCAGCAGCAGUAAUGGAGGCUCAAGAGGAGGAGGAGGAGGGGGCGGCGGCAGUGGUGGUGGUGGUGGUGGGGGUGGUGGCGGUUCCACCCAGGGAGAGCUCAACAACAGCCGUCCAAAUCGGCAAGUCCGGCGCCUUGAGUUCAACCAGGCCAUGGAGGACUUCAAGAUCAUGUUCCCCAGCAUGGACUAUGAGGUCAUAGAGUGCGUGCUGCGCUCGAACAACGGGGCAGUGGAUGCCACCAUCGAUCAGCUGCUUCAGAUGAGCAUCGACGGAGGCGGCUCGGAUGACAGCUCCGACUCUGAUGACAGCAUCCCCCCAGAGAUUUUGGAGCGGACAUUGGAACCGGACAGCUCAGAUGAGGAACCGCCCCCUGUUUACUCCCCACCAACCUACGACAUGCACAUCUAUGACCGGAAAUACCCAGAGGCCCCACCCACCCCUCCACCAAGGUUUGAGGCCCAGCCACCCCCAGGCCACCGACAAGUCCAAAGCUACAGGAACUGGAACCCGCCUAUGCUUGGGAACCUGCCUGAUGACUUUUUGAGAAUCUUGCCUCAGCAGAAGGACAAUAUAACGGGUUCUCAGAGUCAACAGUCCCAGCCAUCUUCCUCCUCCUCUUCCUCCCUCUCCUCCAUGAGCCAGAGGGAGUCUCAGGGGACUGACGGGACCCCCGGGGGGGCAGGCGGGGCAUCGGGGGUCUCAGAACAAGAGCGGAAGCUCAAGCAGUAUCUGGAAGACGAGCGGAUUGCGUUGUUCCUUCAGAACGAGGAGUUCAUGAGAGAACUGCAGCGCAACCGAGAGUUCCUCGUUGCCUUAGAGCGAGAUCGCUUGAAGUAUGAAUCAAAGAAAUCCAAGUCCAAUCACUCAUCUAGCAUGGAGAAUUCCACAGGAGAACACUGUGCCUCAGGCUCGACGGAAGCGUGCACUGCUGUCUCGGACGACGCCAUGUUCAGAGACAAACUCAAACACAUGGGAAAAUCAACGAGAAAGAAGCUGUUUGAAAUCGCCAGAACCUUCUCUGAGAAGACUAAGAGGAGAAAGUCAAAAAGGAGAAUGCUCCUGAAACACCAGUUACUUGGAACGGCCAACUCUACAGCCAACCUCCUGGAUGAUGUGGAGGGAAACCCAUGUGAGGAGGACAGAAAACCUAAAAGGUCAGCCACUCAGGAAGAUGAUGAGCAAAACAGGGAACGAGUGUCAUGAUUGUCCCAAGCUGUACCUCAUCAGGGUAUCCAUGGUGACUGCUGAAUGACCCAUGGCUGGUAGCAGAGUAGCUUUCUGAUCCCUCCUAACCUCCUGUCUGGCCCCUCUCUCCAACACAUGCCAACCCCUCCCAGAACCCUACCACCCUCACCCCCAUAUCCCAAGAGAAACAGGAACAGACUGACCUCUCUCCCUCACUCUGGGCCUUCAUGUGUCCAUACUGCUUUAUAAUCUAUGUAUACUGUAACUCUUUUGUUAAUAUAUGAGUUCAUAUUAAGUUUUUAUAUAUAUAUAUAUAUAUAUAUAAUUUUUUUAUAUUGGGUCUCUUUAUCUCAAUUACGCAUGGUAGACAGAACAACAAUGAUCUUGUCCAUCUCACCUGUCAAAGCUUUUUCAUAUGACGCUAGUCCCUCCAAGUCUAUACGCUGAAGUGUGCUCAAGCCCCUUUGUUUGGCUCUGAACCAUAUUUAUACCCAUUUAUAAAGCAUUUCUCAAUUGCAUCACCGACUUGACAAUAGAAGCAAAUGUUUAUUUUCAACUGACCUUGCCUCAGUUCCACGUCACAGUGUUCAGUCUGAACAGGGCUUGUUUCUGAAGACGCUUGUGUGGAACAGAUACCUUUUCAAAGUUCCACUCUCGCCGCACUUUUCUUCUGGAGAUGCCCUUAACACAAUGUGCUGUGGCGGUUAUAUCAUCGUGUAGAUGUCUGUGUGUGUGGAUUGAUGGGUGUUAUUCAAGUCUAUUUCAGGGUUUUUGUUUCACUCCACAAUGUCACUGUUGUUAAAAUGCCAAGCAUAAUUUUAUGGCCUGCCAUUUUUCAGAAACUCCUGAAAUAAACCUCAAUGUUUGUUUUUUCAGUAUUUAAGUUAUGGAAGUCAAAUAUCCUUCCAACUACACUGCCAUAUCUCUACAUUCUCACUGUAUAUCUUUCAAGAAAUACAAUUAAUUUUUCCUAAAUAUCAGUUGACAUAAUGAGAGUGUAUUUUAAACAAGUGUUGUUCUAAUGUGCACAAUAAUGUCAUUAGCAGAAGUGUUUGAUAAACAGUGAUUAUUAUAUUAUUAGUGAUGACAGACUAAUGAAUUUACAUUGGGUGGGGGUGGGGGGGAGGAUUACCCUUUGCUUCGAGGUGUUGCUCUCAGGUCUGAAACUUUGAUUUUGGGACAGAGUGAGUGUGUUGAGUGUCCUAGUUCCAUGCUAAGAAAUCGCAUUGCAUGCAGUCUUAAGAACUGUAGAGAAGAGAGGAAGCCAAUUGGCCAAAUCUUUCACACUCUUAUUUAGAUGUAUUGGCUUGUGGAAUUUUACCUGAUUUGAAAUGAACCCUCAAUCCAGCAUUUGACAUUCCUCACUGACAUGUUAAUUAAUGACUGAAUUAAGUUUGUUGGUUGUGUACAUAUAUAAGGAGUAAGGUCAAAGGUCAAUUAAAGCAGUGAUUGUUAACAAUUUUAUUGACAGUUAACUUGAUGUUAUUGUUCCAUUUCUAAUUUGUAUUUUGCAUUUUCUAUUAGGAUCAAUUUCCACAUAUUCACAACUAGAUCUGAACAUAAUGCUUCAACCAAGGAACUUUCUAAUGUCCUCUAUAAUCUAUUGUAAAAUAGCAUUGUGAUGUGACAUCUCAAUUCUGUCACAAAUUAAUUUGUGCCAUUACUGAAUAGAAAGACAGGGGGCGCCAUCAUCUAAGAAUCAGACUUUAAAGCCAUUAAUGUGUGCUCCUUUACCUAAAUUGUACAUUUUAAUUUAGUUAGAAUGUGGUACUGAUUAGUUAACAACUUUAACCACAAACAAGGCCUGUAUAUCUUUCCAUAUUUUAGUACAGGUGCCUCCCAGAAAGGUAGAAAGCCUUAUAAGAAGUUAUUUCAAUGUAUUAUAUCAUAUAAUGUUCUCAAUCCAAUUGUAUGACUAAAUCUAAUCAUGAUUGAGUAUUGUUUUUUACCGUUCCAUCUCAAAAGAAUAUAGAACACUGUUUAUGAGAAUGAUCCUCUGACUGGAGUUGCUGAUAGUGUCUCCACCUCCAGCGUUCUGAGUCGACAUCACUUAAGACACUGUUCUUUUAGAACCAUACAAUUGGUCUUUUUUGGGGGUGUUUGUUUUGUAAUUGAAACUCCUACCAAAUGUGCCCCAACUAAAGCCUCUUUCAAAGUCAGAGAUAUUUCAGCCAAAUGACCAUAAGCAAUGGAAACGUUUUGAUAUCAACUGCUUAACUUACUCAGUCAGGACCACUGGCUACUUGAUCCACAUUUAUUCAAUGGUCCCUUUAAGUCAUGCAGGGGUGUUAACGGUAAUAGUGACACAACAUUUGUUUUGUCAAUUUAUUUUAGAUUACUGCUAAUGAAUAAUACGAGACAAUGAUGCUAUCAAGGGUGCUACAUAGAAGUAUGAAAAUAAGUGUCCAUCAAUUGUCGACAAAUGUGGGAAAAAAGAAAAUUACAUUAUAGGAUGAAUUUCUAUGAAACAACUCCUGCAGAUACCGAGGGAGCUUGGACAAGACGGGUCUUGUUUGUUUACAAAUUUCAAUGACAUUUUACCUACUGACAGGUUAACCAGUCCAGUUUCUUUGUGUGUUUUCCAAUGUUUCAUGAUAUCAGACGUGAAGUGCUUUGUCACAUUUGGCCUGACGUUUUUUUUUAAACAAAGGCACUGAGAUAUUUAAGGUGUUGGUCUGUAUGAUUUAAUGGUGUUUUGUAAAAUGAAUGGCAUCCUCUCAGGGACUAUCCCCAUCUUUCUUUUGCUGUUUCUAGUUUGUCUGACUCAAUGAAAGCAUAAACAUUACUAGGAAAUGACCAUGGUUUCUUUCCUGGAAGGUCAAUAUCGUUCAGUCAUCAGACACAACUGUAGAUGCAUUAUCUUGACCAUUGAGAUAGACCAAAAACAUAAUUCACGGUUAAUGUAGCCUAUGGAUAAGGUUAUUUGGCAGCCUUCACUCCAUACCUCCUCUUUCUCCUGUUUGUUGCUAGGCAAAUAACAAGCUCUAAUGCCUUUUGACAAAAAAGCACAUUGAAAUACACUUAAUUUUUUAGUUUUGUACUUGCAGAGUCCCCCUUACACUCUGUCUUCCAAAAUAUAAGAUACUGUUCGUCAUACCAGUUAUUGAGUCGGUCAUUAGUAGUCUAAUCAUCACAUUAAUGUAUGUAUUUGAACUUCCUCUAAUGAUUUUUGGCUAAGUUCUCAAAUGUGAGGUCACGUUUAUCUGUUCCAAUCUUUGGGAGACAUUUGGCUUGGAUUUAGGUUAAAGAAUCUCAGUAUUCUGACAGUUUAUUGUACUGUAUGUGUGCCGCAGGUAUUUGAAUGUACAUGAAGAUGAGGUUAGUUCUCGCAGAAUAAUUGCUUGUUUACACUGCAGACAAUAGGCAUGCAGUCUUCCAAGACUCAUAGUCAUAGUCCUUUUCAAAAGAAUGUACAAUAUGCCAUACUUUAGUUUGAAAACAAGCACAGAAUGCCUGAUUUCAUUAUUUUAGUAUGGAACUAUUUUUGCCCACCAGCCACAUUGACGGCAGAAAAAGUCAGUUGUUUUAACUUAAAUAUCUUUGAAGAACUUGAAUUUGUAAAAUAUAAAAUACAUUUGUCAGUGUCUUUUUGUUUGUGGGAUUGGAAAAGAAAGGAAAUGCCUGUGUUUAUCCUCACAAAAUGUGUGUUACGGUUGUGAUAGUUGUGUUCUUAAGAGUUUCUUAGCUAUUGAGAUAAUAAAAGUGUUGUACCCUU